GCAAACGGGGGCGUGUGAAGAUGGCGGCGUUCAUGAUGAGAGUUGUUCCAGGUCCUUUCGCUUCUGGUCGGGUUCAUCGACCCGCUCUGCGCUCCGCUGCUGCAGCAAUACUCAGAUCCGUCAGUGUGUCUGCCACACAGUCAUUCUCAUUCCCAGAGAGGGUCAAGAUUGUAGAGGUUGGACCUCGAGAUGGACUUCAGAAUGAGAAGACCAUCGUUCCCACUGAGGUGAAGAUCCGUCUGAUUGAUAUGCUUUCAGAAGCCGGACUUCCGGUCAUUGAGGCCACAAGUUUUGUUUCGCCUAAAUGGGUCCCUCAGAUGGCUGAUCAAGAGGAAGUGAUGCGUGGCCUCCAGAAGAAACCUGGUGUGAAUUAUCCCGUCCUGACUCCUAAUCUGAAGGGAUUCCAGGCUGCUAUGAAGGCAGGUGCAAAAGAGGUGGCAAUAUUUGGUGCUGCAUCAGAACUCUUCAGUAAGAAGAACAUAAACUGUUCAGUAGAUGAGAGUCUUGUGCGCUUUGAGGAGGUGAUGAGAGCAGCCAAACAAGAGGGAGUUCCUGUGAGAGGUUAUGUGUCUUGUGUGCUGGGUUGUCCAUACGAAGGGAAGGUAUCACCAAACAAAGUGGCGGAGGUUGCCAAGAGACUGUAUUCCAUGGGCUGCUAUGAGAUUUCACUUGGCGACACUAUCGGAGUGGGCACUCCGGGUGGCAUGACGGAGAUGUUGAAUGCUGUGAAGAAAGAGGUUCCCGUGGAGGUUUUAGCAGUGCACUGUCAUGACACUUACGGACAAGCACUGGCUAACAUACUUGUAGCAUUACAGAAUGGAGUUAGUGUCGUGGACUCAUCUGUCGCAGGGCUGGGCGGCUGCCCGUAUGCCCAAGGGGCUUCUGGGAAUGUUGCAACUGAAGAUGUGGUCUAUAUGCUGCACGGACUGGGAAUUCACACUGGAGUGGACCUUUCCAAACUCUUGGAUGCUGGCUCAUAUAUCUGUCAUUCCCUCAACAGAAGGACAAAUUCAAAAGUAGCUCAAGCCUCGUGCAAGCUCUGAAGUCUUUUUUCUCUUUAUACCGAUUCCAGUCCCUGGUACGAUUACUCUUUUGGAGGUCACACUACGUUACCCCUUAGUAUGCAGUAAAAUCUCUUCAUUUAUAGAAUCUUUGAAAUAAAUACCUCUAAACACAGUAGAGCUGGACAUUGGGCAUGAGAGCAUCCGUUCUCUACUGUGAAGGAGUCUAGUGGUAAAAAAGGUGCUUGUGAUCUCACAUCACCCAAUAUUCACAACCAGUCAUACCCAAAAUAUUCUCUUGUGCCUUGAUUAAUGACAGUGUAUAACUACACUGUAUAUGUAUAUUUAUUAUAAGUUAAUUAAGUAUUUUACAUAAUGCUGAAGCAAGAUCAUUUGAUGCCUAAAGGCAAUACAUGCCAGAAGGGGACGUAAUUUAACUAUUUGACUACAGAAUAUUUAUAUCUUGCUAGUUUGACUGCAUCACAUUUCUAUCUUGAUUAGCCUCAUUAAAAACGUGAUUGAGAUGUCAAAAAUAGUUUCAUAUCUGACAUCCCCAUUCUUGCGUCCGUGGUUUGGCACAUUUUGAAGACGGAAAAUAUCUGUCAUUACCAGUCAAAUACACCCAUUGUAAUGAAAAGUCUCAGAACUUUGUAUACUGUAGAAAUCAGCGAUUGCGAUUACUGAUUAAGUUUGUUUCUCUACAGGAAAAAACAAGAAUAAUAAUUUCCUUGUUCCUAAUUUAUUGUUGAGACUUGUCUUGUGUGUGUAACAACUUAUUGUUUCUGUUUGAAUUGCUAACUGACAUUAUUGUAUGAUUUUUUUUUCUUCAUACGCUAUCUUUAGUGUGUAUAAUGUUUAAUAAUUAUUAUAUGUUUAUGGUAUUAUGUCUAUUUUAAUAAUUAAAGACAAGAUAAUGAGAAAUGUAAAUUUAUGCUUCUUUAUGCAACGUGCCAAUUUUUUUUCAUUUUUACUUUUACUGGUUAGGCUGGCAACUAAACUUUUCAUAACAGUAACAAACAUUAAACUGGGUAGUUCUGGCCAAGAAGAAAGAAGUUACACAAGUUACAUGAAGUACUUCUGUUAUCUUUGAAGGCUGAUUAACUGGAGCAACAAGUUUGAACAUUUACGCAUUAUGCUUGACAUCAUACACCCACCCCUCAGUUUUGGUGCAAAUUCGUGCAUGACUAAGAGAAAAAGUAACUGUUUGUAAACGGAAGCAUAUACAAACAAUUCAAAAGUUUGAGGUCGGUAAGGUUUCUGUAGCAUUUGUGAAAGAAGUCUCUCAUGCUCACCAAGGCCAUCGGUGUCUCAUGAUCCUUCAGAAAUCAUUUUUAUAUGCUGCUCAAGAAACAUUUAUCACAGUUGAAAACAGUUGUUUCAGUGUUGUUUUUUGCAAACAAUGUUACUUUUGUUCACAAUGUUGAAUAUAAGUUUGAGUAGAAAGCUCAAGCUUUUUGUAGCAAUACAAAAGUCUUCACUAUCAAUUUUGAUCAAUUUAAUGCGUCCUUGCUGAAUAAAAGUAUUAAAAAUC